AUGGUCCUGUCUGCCUCGCUUCGCCGGUGCUUGCGCAUCUUGUCAUGGCUUCCCGUCUUCAUCGUAACGGCUGUUAUUUUGUGGUCGUAUUAUGCGUAUGUCAUGCACCUUUGUCUUUUUACUCUAACCAGCACCGCAGAGAAAGUGGCGUACCUGCUGAUCUUCAAUGUGUGUUUUGUGAUGUUUUCUUGGGCAUAUUGGCGAUCCAUACACACCCGCCCCUCUUCUCCUUCUGCAGAGUUCCAGCUCUCAGUCUCAGAAUGUCAAGGUUACGAGGCAUGGGGGUCAGGAGACCGCCAGAGUCACGUCCUCCAGGAGGUAUCCCAGAAGCUUCCGGUUCACAUGCGCUCUGCCAGCGGAGAUAUCAGGUUCUGUCAUCGCUGCCAGUUAAUAAAACCGGACCGCUGCCACCACUGCUCUGUUUGCCAAACGUGUGUGCUGAAAAUGGAUCAUCAUUGUCCCUGGUUGAAUAAUUGUGUGGGAUUCUCCAACUACAAGUUCUUCCUCCUCUUCCUCCUCUUCUCUCUGAUGUACUGCCUCUUCAUCGCCGCUACUCUGGCGCCGUCCUUCAUCACAGUCUGGGUGGGUACUCUCACAGGAGAGCUGGUCGACAGUUCAGCGAAGCUGCAUAGUCUCUUCCUGAUGCUGGUGUCAGUGUUAUUCUCUGUGACUCUCUCCUGUCUGCUGGCCUUCCACUGCUGGCUCCUGACCACCAACAAGACCACACUUGAGUGGCUGUCGGCUCCGUUUUUCUGGGACGGACAGGACGGAGCUGCGUUUGACGUGGGUGUGCGGCGGAAUGUGAUGCAGGUGUUUGGAGAGAAGAGAAGACUUUGGCCCUUUCCUGUUUUUAGCAGUCAGGGAGACGGUCACGCCUUCCCUAUACGGAGGAGGAUGGUGUCCCACAGUCCCCUAGCGGCACGGGGAGAUGUGAAUUUGGGAGAGGAGAGCAUUGUGGAGACUAAAUUUACUCCAGUUCUCACACUGGCCCUAAAACUGGAUCCUCGCCUGCCCCGUGUCAUUAACUUAAGUGAGAUACAAUGA